GCAUGCAAGCUUUAACUCAAUACACACCACCAGAAUCAAAAAAAUUAAAGUUGCCUCUCCCUUUUUAUUUUUCUCUUUCAAAAUCUAGGCACAUUGGCUGCCGGUGGUGUUCUUUGGUAGGCAUCGAUGAUGGUUCCGCGGGGUAACCCGGCGAGGGGCCGGUUUUGGCCCCAAAUGUUAAUGGCUAUGGCUGUUGCUGUAGUUGUUCUUGCGAGCAAUGUAGGUUCAGUGUCUGCUGAUGCAUAUAUUUAUGCAUCACCUCCUCCGCCUUAUGAGUAUAAGUCACCACCACCGCCUUCUCCUUCUCCACCACCGCCUUAUGUGUAUAAAUCUCCACCACCACCACCUAAACAUGAGGAGAAGCCUUAUGAAUACAAGUCUCCACCACCACCACCACCAAAGGAGAAGCCUUAUGAGUACAAGUCUCCACCCCCACCAUCACCUUCUCCUCCACCUCCUUAUGAGUACAAAUCUCCACCACCUCCAUCACCUUCUCCACCACCUCCUUAUGUGUAUAAGUCUCCACCACCUCCACCAAAGCAUGAGGAGAAGCCUUAUGAAUACAAGUCUCCACCACCACCACCGAAGGAGAAGCCUUAUGAAUACAAGUCUCCACCACCACCACCGAAAGAGAAGCCUUAUGAAUACAAGUCUCCACCACCUCCAUCACCUUCUCCACCACCUCCUUAUGUGUAUAAGUCUCCUCCACCUCCACCAAAGCAUGAGGAGAAGCCUUAUGAAUACAAGUCUCCACCACCACCACCGAAGGAGAAGCCUUAUGAAUACAAGUCUCCACCACCUCCAUCUCCAUCACCACCUCCUCCAUACUACUAUAAAUCUCCACCACCUCCAUCACCAUCACCACCACCUCCAUACUACUACAAGUCCCCACCACCACCACCAAAGCAUGAAGAACAACCACCAUAUUACUACAAGUCACCUCCUCCUCCAUCUCCAUCACCACCUCCUCCAUACUACUACAAGUCCCCACCACCUCCUUCACCAUCACCACCACCUCCAUACUACUACAAGUCUCCACCACCACCAAAACACGUAGAGCAACCCCCAUACUACUACAAGUCUCCUCCACCUCCAUCACCCUCACCACCACCACCUUACUACUAUAAAUCUCCACCACCACCUUCACCAUCUCCACCACCUCCUUACUACUACAAGUCCCCACCACCUCCAUCUCCAUCACCACCUCCUCCAUACUACUACAAAUCUCCACCACCACCACCAAAGCAUGAAGAACAACCCCCAUACUACUACAAGUCUCCACCACCACCUUCACCAUCUCCUCCACCACCUUACUACUACAAAUCUCCACCACCACCCCCACAUUACGUCUCACCACCAUACUACUACAAAUCUCCACCACCACCAGUGAAGUCUCCUCCCUACUACUACCAUUCUCCUCCACCACCAACUCCUUACUACCCCCACCCCCACCCACAUCCGCUCAUAGUCAGGGUGGUCGGAAAAGUUUACUGCUACAGAUGCUAUGACUCAAGCUACCCAGAGAAAUCACAUGGCAAGAAACAUCUCGAAGGUGCUACUGUGGAAGUGACUUGCAAGGAGGGUGAAAAGGAAAUCACUGUCUAUGGAAAGACCAAAAACAACGGCAAAUUUGCUGUCACUGUUGAUGGGUUUGAUUAUGGCAAAUACGGAGCCAAGGCAUGCAUUGCCAAGCUUCAUGCCCCACCCAAGGAUUCAUCAUGCAACAUACCCAUGAGUGUACAUGAUGGCAUCAAGGGUGCUGUGCUCAAGGUCAAGUCAGAGGACAAGUAUGAGGUUGUGCUAAGAGCUAAGCCAUUUGGUUAUGGUUCAAAGAAACCUUACAAGAAGUGUGAAAAGUACACUCCUAAGCCUCCGACUCAUCCGUACAAGCCACCACCGUACUACUAUAAGUCUCCACCUCCACCGGCUCCCACUUACGUUUACAAGUCACCACCUCCACCAUCACCAACUUAUGUUUACAAGUCACCUCCACCUCCUGUGUACUACUACAAGUCUCCACCACCACCAAAGCAUGUGGAACAACCCCCAUACUACUAUAAGUCUCCACCUCCACCGGCUCCCACUUAUGUUUACAAGUCACCACCUCCACCAUCGCCGACUUAUGUUUACAAGUCACCUCCACCACCUGUGUACUACUACAAAUCACCACCUCCUCCCACUUAUGUCUACAAGUCUCCACCACCACCAAAGCAUGUAGAGCAGCCCCCGUACUACUACAAAUCUCCUCCACCACCAUCGCCAUCUCCUCCUCCACCAUACUAUUACAAGUCCCCACCACCACCAGUUCACUCUCCACCACCACCAUACUACUACAAGUCCCCACCACCACCAAAACAUGUGGAGCAACCUCCAUACUACUACAAAUCUCCUCCUCCACCAUCGCCAUCUCCUCCACCACCAUACUACUACAAAUCCCCACCACCACCAAAACAUGUAGAAGAGCCCCCAUACUACUACAAAUCUCCUCCACCACCAUCACCAUCUCCUCCUCCACCAUACUACUACAAGUCCCCACCACCGCCAAAACAUGUGGAGCAACCUCCAUACUACUACAAAUCACCCCCACCACCAUCGCCAUCUCCUCCUCCACCAUACUACUACAAGUCCCCACCACCACCGAAGCAUGUAGAGGAGCCCCCAUACUACUACAAGUCUCCCCCACCACCAUCGCCAUCUCCUCCUCCACCAUACUAUUACAAAUCUCCUCCACCACCAUCACCAUCUCCUCCUCCACCAUACUACUACAAGUCCCCACCACCACCGAAACAUGUAGAGGAGCCCCCAUACAUCUACAAAUCUCCUCCACCACCAUCGCCAUCUCUUCCUCCACCAUACUACUACAAGUCCCCACCACCACCGAAGCAUGUAGAGGAGCCCCCAUACUACUACAAGUCUCCCCCACCACCAUCGCCAUCUCCUCCUCCACCAUACUAUUACAAAUCUCCUCCACCACCAUCGCCAUCUCCUCCUCCACCAUACUACUACAAGUCCCCACCACCACCGAAACAUGUAGAGGAGCCCCCAUACAUCUACAAAUCUCCUCCACCACCAUCGCCAUCUCCUCCACCACCAUACUAUUACAAGUCCCCACCACCACUAGUCCAUUCCCCACCACCACCAUACUACUACAAGUCUCCACCACCACCAGUCCACUCCCCACCCCCACCAUACUAUUACAAGUCUCCACCACCACCUUCUCCUUCACCACCUCCACCAUACUAUUACAAGUCCCCACCACCACCAAAACACGUAGAGGAGCCCCCAUACAUUUACAAAUCUCCUCCACCACCAUCACCAUCUCCUCCUCCACCAUAUUAUUACAAGUCCCCACCACCACCAGUCCACUCUCCACCACCACCAUACUAUUACAAAUCCCCUCCUCCGCCAUCGCCAUCUCCUCCUCCACCAUACUACUACAAAUCCCCACCACCACCAGUCCACUCUCCACCCCCACCAUACUACUACAAAUCCCCACCACCACCAGUUCACUCUCCACCCCCACCAUACUACUACAAAUCCCCACCACCACCAUCUCCUUCACCACCUCCACCAUACUACUACAAAUCACCCCCACCUCCAGUGAAGGCUCCAGCACCUACCUACCAUUACAACUCCCCUCCUCCACCAUCACCAUCUCCUCCUCCCCCAUACUACUACAAAUCUCCCCCACCACCAGUCCACUCUCCCCCACCACCAUACUACUACAAAUCUCCACCUCCUCCAUCUCCCUCACCACCUCCUCCAUACUACUACCACUCACCUCCCCCACCAGUGAAAUCACCUCCACCUCCAGUCUACAUCUACGCUUCUCCUCCACCACCAACACCCUACUAGAUCUAAAAAGAUCGACCACACACCGUUCAUGUUGUAGUUUCGCCAGCAAAAUAAAGGAAGGUGCCAAGGAGGAAGGGAGAUUUGGACAUCAAAACAGUUCCUUUUCAAGUCCAUGGAAUAAGGGUCUAAGCAUUACAUUGGAGAGAUACAAUUUUGAUAAUUCAGGCCUACAUAUAACUUC